GUGACGAGGAGAAGUCUCGAUCGGAGGCUCGCCACCUGGCGAUGCGAGUUUACUGAGUUGUGAGUCGUCUCCAGGUGUUGGACCGACCCCACAGCUGUCCCAGCACAUUAAUCUGUGCUUUCCUUUUCUCUGUCCUCCUGUCUUUCUACGCACAGAUUUUACUGAAGCAAUCAUGUGUGACUUUCCGUGAUAAUAAGGGGAUGUCCGCUCUGUGAAACGGCGCUGGAUGGAUGGAUGUGUCCGUUCUAGGGCGCACUGGAAUAAUACAGUGAACUGACGGAGGACCGCUGCUCCGUUCGUCUCUUUUCUCUGGAGUUCCUCCUGUUUUCAUUUAGAAACCCCUGGAAUUGUUACAUUUACUUGUGUGAGCCUGCAGCAUUUAUUCCUCGGGCUUUGAUCACCUGCUAUGUGUCUGGUGUGGAAAAUACCUGGUGGAAGGUGUACAGCGGGAUCCAGCCUGGGAGGACAAGUCAUCCGCGUCUGAUAAAGCUCCGUUACUGAUUUGUUUCUUUUUUCUAAUCUGUGCGUGAUGUACGUGGAAUGAAGACAGAGAAUGGAUAUAAUCUGGGAAAUACUGAUCAUUCUUCAGGCCAAUUUUAUUGUCUGCAUAUCAGCACAACCGAAUCCGCCAAAAAUUCACGAAGGAUGGUGGGCGUACAAGGAGGUGGUGCAGGGGAGCUUUGUUCCAGUGCCGUCGUUCUGGGGGCUGGUAAACUCGGCCUGGAACCUGUGCUCUGUGGGGAAGAGGCAGUCGCCCGUCAACAUCGAGACCAGCCACAUGAUCUUUGACCCCUUCCUCACGCCCAUAAAGCUGAACACAGGCGGACGCAAGGUGGGAGGAACAAUGUACAACACGGGCCGCCACGUCUCUCUGCGCCUGGACAAGGAGCAUCUGGUGAACAUCUCUGGAGGGCCAAUGACUUACAGCCAUCGCCUGGAGGAAAUCCGGCUACACUUUGGCAGCGAGGACGGCCAGGGCUCUGAACACCUGCUCAACGGACAGGCCUUCUCUGGAGAGGUUCAACUGAUCCACUACAAUCAUGAGCUGUAUACAAAUUACACAGAAGCUGCUAAAAGCCCCAACGGACUGGUCAUAGUGUCCAUAUUCAUGAAGAUUGCUGAGACAUCAAACUCAUUUCUGAAUCGGAUGCUGAACAGAGACACCAUCACAAGAAUAACGUAUAAAAAUGAUGCAUACCUACUGACUGGCCUGAACAUAGAGGAAAUCUACCCAGACACAAGUAGUUUUAUCACAUACGAUGGAUCGAUGACCAUCCCGCCAUGCUUUGAGACAGCCACAUGGAUCCUGAUGAACAAACCAGUGUACCUCACACGCAUGCAGAUGCACUCCUUGCGACUGCUGAGUCAGAACCAGCCAUCUCAGAUCUUCCUGAGCAUGAGCGAUAACGUACGCCCUGUCCAGCCACUGAACAACCGCUGCAUCCGCACCAAUAUCAACUUCAGCUUGCAGGGCAAGGACUGCCCCAACAACAGGGCUCAGAAGCUCCAGUACCGGGUGAACGAGUGGUUGCUAAAGUAGCCCCCCUUGGACGAACGCGAAGACGAAUGCCAGCGAUGGAGAGCGGGACGAAAGGAGGACGAAGAGGAGGAUAAGAUGUGAAAAUUGAUCUGAAGACUGCAUCUCAUCUAAGAUUCUUUCAUGGCAUUGUAUAAAGACAAACGACACUGGACAUUAUUCAAGUAAAGGAACUUUGCCUUGUGUGCAAAGAGAGUCCUCUUUUCAUACAUUGAGAACCGUUUGAACCCUCGAUCUAACACAUGCUAACAAGCCCUUACCCCCCCCACCCCCCACUGUACGACUAUAUCUAUAUGGACAUUUUGAUACCAAAACUUUUUUUGGGAGAAAACUAAAAAAAAAAAAUAGACACUUGGAAAUAAACUAAAAAAAAACAGCAACAGGAAGCAUUUAUGUGAUAGCCUCCCAACCAACACAACUGUCGUUGGGGACUUUAAAGCCUUUGUACAUAAAAGAUGUUGCUACCAGUGGGAAAACCCAAGGACUAAGUCACUGCCCCUACCACGCCAGUCGAGACAAUGCAGUCUACGAGACUCACAUGGACGUUACAUUAUAGUCACCAACAGGGCAUGCGAUCAGCAAAACCAACAGAGAGGGAACACAGCCUUACCUUGUCAUUUUCCAAAUCUAACAUGUCACGGUAGAGGAGCAAAUACUUACAGGUGUUCCUACGGCCUCAGUGCAACCAGUGUCUUGGCCUCAUUUGUACAUAUUAUAAUUAUUAAUACCGCAGAAAAAUGAAUAUGUAAAGAAAAAGUAAUGAAUUAACAUUCAAAAGAUAUAUGAAAAUGAUUUAAAAAAAAUAAAAAUAAAAAAAGAACAAAAAGUUAAGAAUUUUAAAAAGCUUGGCGCACUUUGAAUUCUGGAGCAGUUCUCGGUCUGAGCUGAUGCCUUUUUUCUGUUUUAUUGUUUACAAUGGUCAUACACUGUGUUUGAUGUUAUCAGCCCAAUAAAUGUGUUUGGAAAGUUCA